AUGUCGUCGCUGUAUAAAUGCACAUCUUGCAAUGAGCUCAUCCAGCCUACGAAAGCGCGUCUCUCAUGUGCUUCCUGCGUGCCCCGCAUAACCCUAUGCGCCAACUGUUACGUUGUACAGAAUUAUCCUUCACAGCAUCAGGAUGACCCCUCGCAUGCAAUCUCACUACACGCACACAGUGGCUUUAUCCCUGUCCCUCCACCGCCUCCACCCCGAGCGCAGUCUGUCCGAAGCCCACAUUGUCCACCCCGGCGCCGUCCUGUAUCUGUUUCGAACAGAGACAGCGAUGUCCCGCCGAAGAAACCUCCACGUCCUACAAAUCCAGAACCAAGAAGUGAGGAACCGGUGGAGAACACAGUGCCAGCAACGCCGAUGUCAAUGAAGUCCGCAUCUCAGGGUCCGCCUCCAGAAACAGAAAAUGAAGCAGAAGCGGAAAAAGCUGCCCCAACUAUUCCGUAUGCAUCGAGACCAGUAUUGCAGAGUCCGCCCUUGGAAACCACCGAGCCAUCUCCUCAUCCACCACAUCCACAUUCAUCUACAAGCUGGAUCCCGCUCUUCACUGAGGACAUGAAACCCUCGGCUUCCUUUAUGAGAUUAAUCGAAGAGCUCUUCCGCCACCUAGACCCCCAGCGCACGGGGUACCUCAGUCCAGAAGCCGUCUCUGAGUACAUAGACGUGUGUGGCGCACCACCUAGCCACAACAUUUGGAAAACCAGCCGCACCAAAAACCCAGAAUACGGCUAUGACCUGGCCGACCGCGAACUAGCCGACCACUUCACAGCAUACGGCGUCGACUUCGCCUUCCGUCCACGCACUCCACCCACAACACCCGUCAAUUCCCCCCUAGAUCCCCUGUCCUAUUUCCCCCCGGCUCAGCGCGCUGCCAUGGCCGCCUUCAUGCCCGCCACACCCGUGAACUCCCUCUCCGGAGGAAAAAAACCCAUGCUGUCAUUCCGAGGCUGGACGGACCUUACAGUCUGCGGUGUGCUUCUGAACCCAUCUGCGUCAUGCGGGGAGUUAAAUCGCGCCAUGCAGGCGUUCCAGUUGCCGAUUUGGAGAGAGUGGGGUGAUAUUCCUCGGGAUAUGUUACCGCUUGCACCGUAUCAGCCGGAGGUUGAGAGGGUCAGGGUAUUGCUUGAGGGGGCGAGACUUAAUGCGGAGCAGGAGGUUGAUGCAGUUCAUGCGAGGUUGAAGAUGGAGCAGAGGGGAGAGCAGAAUGCGUUGGAUUUGGUGGAUGAUCGGGUUUGGGUUUAUCGUUGGUAG